UGUCAGAUUUAAUAUCAGAGUGUGCAUGAUUUAUCCAAUUACUUCCAAAAAGGGUUGUGUUUUCAUUCAGUAUUUAGAAAUAGUGUCGAAUGUUUGGGUGUUUUGAUAGCUGCAGGAGAUGUUGGCACGUACAGAAUUAUUCUUUCACAUGUAGUGAAUUAUUUUGCUAUCAUUGCUACCGACUGCCAGCCGUAGUUUACGAAAUAUUAAUGAAGUUGUGCGUGGAUGUACGUUAACAUCCUGCUUCUUGUCAACACUGAACAGCUUGGACAGCCGGUUGCGCUGACUGGUAUGCCCAUAGGAGCAAUAGGGGGUAUGCCCAUCUUGUCAAUGGAUUGCCGAAGUAGGCUAGCUAGUCCGAGCAGGAUCAUAGCUACUAAACGGCCACACAGGGCCCCCAUUGCGAUACCACAUUGGCCAUAAUAAUGAACCAGAUGAGUAAACGUACACGUAUUUAAUUUGCUGUGAGCACAUGCAGUGGGAAAAUAGGCGGACUGCAGACGGUCGAACCAAGGCUUUCCGUAGAAACAGAGGCCCAGGAAAAGAUCAAGAUGGCUUGUGAUGGAGAUCCCGCGCAGCAGACAGCGGCAGAUGAUGACAGCCACAGGAAUGCAGAGAACAGAGGCGGUGAGCCAGAAAGGGAAGGGGAGGAACUGGACAACGAGGUGAAGGGGCUGGAUAAAGAGACAAGCGUUAGGGAACAUCGAUUCAUGCCAAUCGAUCGGCUCAACAUCUUCAGCGAUGCCGUGUUUGCCACAAUCACCACAUUCAUGGUUGUCCCAAUAAAAGAGGAAGUGCAGAAUUAUGACGUCACAAAGGAUUUAUGGAGCAGCCUGGGGACCGACUGGUAUCGAUUCCUGGUAUUCUUUAUAUCUUUCCUCGUAGUAUCGACCCUUUGGCAAGAUCAUGUGUGGAUCCUACAGAGAGUUGAGUACGUAGGCGACAUCGGACUUAUUCUGAAUGUGCUCUUACUACUUGUGGCUUCCUUAAUCCCAUUUCUGGUCGCUCUGGUGGGUGAUUUUUAUCGCUUCUCCUUAAUUUCGCAGCUUUUUGGAGGAUGUGUUCUAGCUCUCUCAGUGAUCCAGGGGAUAAUGAUUGCUUUGGCGUUCCGUAGAGGGAAGAUGUUGUCAGAUCAGCUAGCAGAGGGAUCAUCAAAGAAGUGGUUGAGUGUGGAGUUCCUCUUAACGGCUGGACUGAAGAUCGUUCUGUCUGCCUUCUCUAUCGGUAUUGCGGUAGCUAAUGUUCCAACGUCGUUUGUCUUCCUGGGUUUGAUCAUGUUUACGGAUUGGGUAUGCAUCGUUGCAGUCGCCAUCUACAGAAGUCGCAAAGAUAACACAUUCACCAUUGGGCUGCGAUCGUAUGUAUGCCGACGGUUCGUUCUAGAAGAUGUGGACAUAGACCGAACACAAACUUUUACGGACGGUGUUUUCAUCAUCGUGGCAACUCUGAUCAUUCUAGACAUCACAUCUGAUUCCUUGCUGCCAUUGGAUCCAAACAUGGAAAAGGAAGAAUUGUAUCAAUCUCUACUGGACAAGAAGGAGGCCCUCUUGGCAUAUGUAUCGACUUUUCUAACUAUCGGCAUGAUCUGGUACAUCAAUUACUCCAUGUUUUACUAUAUUCAGAGGCUCAGCCGUCUUCUUUUGCUGUUCAACCGAUUGACUUUGUUGUUCAUCAGCGUUGUUCCUGUUGGGUUCCAGUUGGUGUCAGUAUUUUCAGUGGAGAAGGCGGGUAGGAAUGAGAACAUAGCCGUGCAGUUCCACUGUGUCCUUAUCUUCUUCACAUCUGUCUGCCAGUUGCUGUUUUGGUUAGCAGCACAUUGGAAACGGGACAAGCAUUUGGCAUCAAGGCCGGACAGAUUGCACAUAGGACGAAUAAUGUGUCUUCUUCUCGUUUAUCCAAUCAUGAGUUUAGUCAUAUUCUGCUCUGCAUUCGGUUCAUCCCCAUUUAAAGUUAAUAUCAUUCAUGCGGUGGAAUUGACCAUUCCUAUCAUCUUCCUAUUAAUCAAACUUAUAAUCGAAGUUGUCCUUCAUAAUCGGAGCAGUCAAGGUAUUAGCCUUAGCAACCGCGUUUCCAUAGACAUGCGGUCCCCCCAAAUCGACAAUCCGAACGCAAUGCUGUGGCAUGUCGAAGCGCGCAGUGACAACAGUGACACGAACUACGAGGUCCUUUGAUUGCCCAGCUAAGCUGUCUCCGUUCAAGCUACAAGAGAACGCUAUUUUGGUGUCGGAGCUUGAGAUAGAGUAUUAAUUGUGCAAACGCAACUACAAACUAACCAAGUGGACUUUUUGAGACAUCGGUAUGAUGUCAACGUUUAAAAUUUAGGAGAUUGAUUUUACAUAUUGCAUGACGUUUAUGUCACUCAAAAGUAUAUUGAAUCGCUUGUCACGUUGUAUAUAACAAAAACCAGUUUGAUGAGCCUUAUAAAUUAAACAAUUAUAUUUAGUAUGGAAUAUAAUAUUUUUUAGAAUGCCAGGGAGCGAGAGGCAGGGACUUCAUGCAUGAUGUCACAGACAUGGGCAAGCUUUACGAAAGGCCCAGUUGUAAACCUAUGUAAUCUCGACCCAUGUAAGGACGUUCGUUUAUGUGCGUAUAAAGCUCGUCUUGCUGUAUUACAUAGGUACUCAUUGUGGUGAAUCAAUGCCACGGGAAGUGCCAGUGAAUUAAAAUUUACAAAUCCGUUCAGGUAAAAUCCUAGGUAAUGCUUAUUUUGAGGUACACGUAUAAGAUGUCUGGUAUGACAUCUUCUACGUGCCGUAAGACCCGCCGUAAGACCCUUUCAUAUCUGACAAAAAAUCUGACCAGGCUUGGGAAUAAAGUAGUUUUUAAGGCCAGGAACUUGUUUCGGUCCUUGUCAGAAUGUCAAACACAGGAGCCUCUAGGAUUAUUAAGUUUACUUACGGGUACCUGGUUUUGUAAACAGUUUCUUCAGUGUAACCUAAUACAAGGUAGAGCCCUGAUAAUGAUUACACUGUUAAAGCUUAAUGGUGCGAGGAAUUUGGUGUAAUUAAAGGCUAAUUACAGGCUAUUACUGCGAUGGCACAACGCUAGUGGAAAGGAGGUGCGCGCGCAUUAAUAUAUCUCUUCGACCACCUGCAGUGGGGUCGUGAUCGACAAAUAAGAACGCACCUGUGAGUGCAGUGCCAUCACUGUUACGUCGUUCCAUCGGAUUAGUCUACGGGCAAAUGAUAUUGAACAGCACAGGACAACGCUACCCUUUUUUCAAUAUAGUUCUGUUUGCUACAUAGACCAAAUUCCUCGCACCAUUAUCUCUACCUUUGUGUUUUACCUUUUGUUGAGCACUGGACCAUUACCCAUAAAAGUUUGCGUCUCCGCACGUCUUCACUUGGCUUCACCCUU